AUGAAGCCACAGCACGUCCUUUUUCUAUUUACCUUCCUCGUGGGGGCCUCAGUGGGCCAGAACAGCCUUCUGGAUCAACUUCCACGAUGUGCGGUCCAAUGCUUCAACCAGGCGAUCUCAACAUCGUCAUGUUCUCCAAGCGACAUCGCCUGUCUGUGUGGUGACACCCAAUUCAUGCACGCCGCGGCAGCCUGCGAAGCCGUGGACUGCACUGUCAAGGAAACUCUGACAUCCACCAACGCUACUCUGGCGGCGUGUGGUGUCCCGCCAAAUGACGCUUCUACCACAGUCAUGGCAAUCCCAGCGGCUUUUGGAAGCCUAGCAAUCCUCAUGGUUGUCCUCCGGAUUGCCGACCGUCUUUGGGACAACAAGAUUACACUCAGUUGGGAGGACUACUUCGUCGUGAUAGCCACGGUGUGGGAUGAGAACAAAACGCUACUUCUAUGGUCAUCUAAUGUCAACUUAGUGGCUGCCCUGGGCAUGGGCAAAGACUUUUGGGCCGUGAAAUUCGAUCAUAUCAACAAGGUUUUCCAGCUCCUCUAUGUUGCCGAGAUCUUUUAUAUGGCGGCCGAGGUGUUCGUCCAGUUAUCACUCCUAGCCUUUUACCUUCGAGUUUUUGGCACUCGUGAAUUUCAGGGAGCAGUCUUCGUCCUCAUGGGGGUGGCGAUAUGUUUCGGUAUUGCUAAUACGUUUACCAUGGUGUCUCAGUGCACGCCGGUUCCUUUCUUCUGGCAAGGAUGGGCCGGAGAGACAAAAGGCAAAUGUAUCAACAUCAAUCUCUUUUCUUGGAUCCGGGCCGGCGUCGAAAUUGCGAUCGAUGUGGCCAUCCUCUCGCUGCCAAUUCCCAUGCUGCUCAAGCUGCAGAUGCGUUGGAAGAAGAAGAUUCAGGUGGUCAUGAUGUUCAGCGUGGGAUUCGUUAUCACGCUCGUCAGUGUAUUGCGGUUAAGAUCCUUGAUCCAGUUCUCAAAGACGACCAAUCCCACUCACGACAAUGCGCCAGCCGUCUAUUGGAGCGUCCUUGAGUGCGACAUGUUCAUUAUUUGCGCGUGCAUGCCUUCGACACGCAAGUUCCUCACGAGGAUCUGGCCGACAUGCUUCGGCAGCACAGUCAACCAGGGCUACUACGACAGGGCCAAACAGGUCAACCGCGAGGGGCUUGGUCCCAAUGCGCAGUACCGACGCCAGCCGUCCGGCGAACAACACCACCAACAAUACAACGCAAGCUCCAAGGGCACUGUCAUACUCAAGUCGAUCGAUGUUGACGUGUACCGCACGGAGCGAUCCGAGUCUGAUGUUGAGCUGGGCGAGCCCCGGUCGGGUCAGGUCUACGGCAUUUGA